UAAGCCAUAAUACUAUAUCCAGCAGUACCAUCUCACAAAGAAUAAAUCAGAAAGCUACCAGCAACAAAAAGCAAUACUUGAUAAUCAAAAGAAGUGAAGAAGAAGAAGAAGAAGAAGGGAGACUGGGACAGGAAAAGAAAGCAGAAAAAAAUGCUGUAACAGAGAAAGGGAAGCGAAAAAAAAAAAAAUAAGGAAAAGAAAGAAGAAGGUAGAACCGUAGAAGGGAGAGCAAAAGAAAAAAAUUUCUCUUGUGCUGCAAUUCAACACUUCCAGCUGCAGUAAGAAAAGAAAAUUUUAUUCAGAGGGAAAUAGAAGAGAUUUAAGUUAAAGAAGAAGAAUAAAGAAGAUGAAAAAAAUAAUAAUAAAUGCAUCAAAUGUUCCUGUCUUGGUCUGAGGAAUGUUUUUCGGUGGAGUUUCAUCGUGCUGGAGCAAGAUCUGAAGGGGGAAGGACUGCUACGUUCGCCCCAAAACCCUUGCACGAUUUCUCAGUUCGUAACGUAACGUGAUUUUUUUUUGUUUGAGGUUUUCUAUUUAAAUACUCUUGAUCCCAUGCUUCUCAUGUGUAAACUUCCCCAUAUACCUGCCGAUCAAUAAAAUCUAUAUGGAAUUUGUGGUAAAAUAGUAAACAAAAAAAGUAAAUAAAAAAAUGGGCAUAAGGCGAUGCCUUGCCCAUAAUGCUUUAUAAGGCGCCUAAGGCAUCGCCUUAACAGUUAAAGCGACUGCCUUAUGUGCAACCAAUAAUGCGGUGCACUGCCUUAUGCUCCCAAUAUUGCCUCAACGCCUAGGUGACGCCUUACCAGCGCCUUGACGAUGCCUUAAUGACUAUGCUAGAGAGAUGAAAUACAUCCAAUUCUAUUAUGAUCUCUUGUAUGCUUCUUACUUUUCAGUACAUGGCCAGCAUUCGUUCCAGUCCACGAUCUUUCUUGAAAAGCAUUUAUUGGCAUCCAAAAUAUGGGGACUUUUUUUACUUGAUAGUUAGUAGGUGGAUUGCAUUGGCAGCCAAGGUCCUGUUAGACAUCAGCAUUUGGAGGGAUUAUAUGAGCUAUUUGUUUCUAAGUUUGUGAGUCUCCUACCCUUCUUACCUUAUGUAAUACUUAAGGGAAAAUUUCUUUCACUCUCCUAUACUUACCCUACAUUUACUCAAACUCCCCUACACAAACUUUCACAUCCGGUUCCCCUAAAAAAAAUAAACUCCUACCUCUCCUUGUCCCCUGAUAUUUUUAAAGUAUCCAAAUUACCCCUCAUUUAGUAAAGGAAGUGGGAUCAUCACCUCUUCUUCUUCGGCUUCAACUCAGCUCAUCUUGCCCCAACGUUGCACCCCCUCACCUUGUUCCAACUUAAGGAGGUCUCAUAUUUGAAAUCACUAAGGACUGAUUUGGUGGGAAGAGAAGCAGACAAAUAGCAAAACCAAUAUACAAAAAUACAACACCACACCGUCAUUAGAACAAGAGUGGGAGACCCCAAGAGGCAACAUUACACUCCCCAUUUAACUAGAUGGGUUAGACCCUUUAUCCUUACAUUCCUUGCUUGGCUUAUAGGGUUAGAGAAUCCUACCCUCCUCUCCAAAUGCAGGGAGGCUAUGGCUAAUAACAUUGCCACACAUUUAGCUGGAUUCUUUAUUGUUAUUUGAUGCAAGAACUUUUUACAUUUCAUGCUUUCUAGAAUCCUUUGAGUCCUGGUCUUCUUUUUCUUAUCCAACCAGGAUAUUCCUGAGUAGUGAGUUCACAGAUCCAAUUUUCUCUUUAAUUUAUAUUUUAUUUGUCAUUGUCAUUAAUAAUUAAUAUUAGUAUUGAUGAUGAUGGCGAUGAUGAAGAACCAGAAGUGAGGGAAAAAGUGAUGGAGAGCAGAGGAAUAUGGUGAGAAUUGAAGAGGGAGGAAAACUUGGAGAUAGACUGGUUUCUUCUGCAUGUUGCCGGGGUGUGUGGCUAAGACUGGGUUUGUGGAACAGAGGUCGUUCUCAUAUGUGCAUCGCAACUUCAAUUGGCUUUGGGUUUUUCUCAUAUUGUUCCUUCAGUCGGUGGUUGUCAUUGCUUGGGAGGGCACCAGUACCCCGUGGGGUGCAUUGAGCAGGUGUGAUGUGCAGGUUGGGGUGCUAACCUUGUUCAUCACUUGGGCUGGUCUUCAAUUUAUUCAUUCGCUGCUUGACGCUGGUACCCAGGACAGUCGGGCAUUGAGGGACACAAUGUUGCUUAGGGUGAGGAUGGUUUUGAAGAGCAUUGUUGCCACGGGAUGGACUGUAGCAUUCUGUGUUCUCUACAUUAGGAUUUGGUCUCAGAGAAAUCAUGACGGUAGGUGGUCUGCUGAGGCAAACUGUAGGCUGGUGACUUUUCUUGAGGCUAUCUCUGUGUUCGGAUUGUGGUUCUGCCUUCCAAGUUCAUGUUCAAUUACUUCCUCCAGAUCAAGCCCUUGGUCGUCCCAACCAAAGCUGUUUGAAGCUCCAGGGAAAAUAAAUUUCAAAUGGCAUGAGAUCUUCAGUAACAUAAAUAGGUUUGUCGUUGGACUGUCACGGUUUCCUGUUGGUUUGGCCUACCUCAUGGAUUGCAGAUAUGGUACUCAAUUUAUUCGUCCUUGGUUGGGGCUACGGUUGGUUUGUUAUCACACUUGCGUCAGAUUUGGAACUUCCAGUAGUUCAGGCUGAGGUUCCAGUUCUUAUCAAGCACAAUGCAGUUCAAUCUCAUUCUGGAAGAGCAGUCAUUGAAUACUGGGAGGACACUGAUGAGCAAGGUCCAUGAUGUCCUACAAAAACUAAAGCUGAGACAUGGGUUGGCAGGCCCUUCAAGAAGAUUGAAACAAACCAGGUAGAGGCGUACAGGUUUCAACUGUUGUGGAAUGAAAUAAUUGCAAGAUUUAGGGAAGAAGAUAUCAUUAGUGACCGUGACGUCGAGCUUCCAGAAUUGGCACCGAACUCUUGGAACAUCAAGGGCAUCUGUUGGCCCUAUUUGCUCUUGUACAAUGAACUGCUUUCUGCUCUUGGCCAAGCAAAAGAAUUGGUAGAUGCACAUGACCUAGGGCUUUGGAGGAACAUUUGCAAGAAUGAGUACAUGCAGUUUGCGGUUAUAGAAUCUUAUGAUAGCAUUAAAUACUUGCUUCUUGAGAUUGUCAAAGAUGGUAGAGAAUAGUGUCAUUAUAAAGUUGUUCCAAGAGAUUGAUUGUGCGAUUCAGAUUGAGAAUUUCACAGACAUGUACAA